CUCCCUUGGCAGUGACGUGCGGUGGCUGCAGGCUGUGGAAGAUGGCGAGCAGAGCCAUGGCUGUGGCUUUGAGUAGGUCAGCGAAGAUCCAGGCCUGCGGGCUGAGCGCACUGCAGACUAGGGGGCUUGCCUUGUCCAGUCAAAAAGCCAAAGAAGACAGCUGGCUGCGUUCCCUCUUUGUACGUAAAGUAGAUCCUCGCAAAGAUGCACACUCAAAUCUCCUGGCUAAAAGGGAAACCAGUAACCUGUAUAAAAUACAAUUUCACAAUGUGAAACCAGAGUGCCUAGAUGCUUACAACAAGCUGUGUGAGGAAGUGUUGCCAAAAAUUCACCAAGAGGACGACUACCCAUGUACUUUGGUGGGUACGUGGAAUACAUGGUAUGGGGAGCAGGAUCAGGCUGUCCACCUUUGGAGGUACGAAGGAGGUUAUCCUGCACUUACAGAAGUCAUGAGUAAACUCAGAAAAAACAAGGAGUUUACAGAGUUUCGAAAAGAACGAGGUAACAUGCUUCUCUCUCGCAAGAACCAGCUCUUGCUGGAGUUCAGUUUCUGGAAUGAACCUAACCCAAGAGAAGGCCCUAAUAUUUAUGAACUGAGGUCCUACCAGUUGAGACCUGGAACCAUGAUUGAAUGGGGGAACCACUGGGCCCGUGCCAUAAGGUAUCGACAGGACGGUAGUGAAGCAGUGGCUGGAUUCUUUUCACAGAUUGGCCAACUGUAUAUGGUUCAUCAUCUGUGGGCUUACACUGAUUUACAGAGCAGAGACGAUAUCAGGAAUUCUGCCUGGCAGAAAGACGGCUGGGAUGAAUGUGUCUACUAUACAGUUCCCCUCAUACAGGAGAUGGAGUCCAGAAUAAUGAUCCCUUUGAAGAUCUCUCCGCUUCAGUAACAUACAUGGUGACCUUCUUGUGUGUCAGUGGGAAAAAAAUGGCAAACCUUAUUGUGGAUUACUUCAGCAAUGAAUGUCUUUAACUUCCAAGAAAUAUUUGUAUUUCCAUAAAUCGAUAGUACUUUAAUUCUGCUCUUAGAAAUUCCUAGCUUUAAAGCAUCAAGAUCAGUUUUCAUAUCUCAAUAUGUGAAUUUUGUUAAGUAGACAUGUGCAAAAACGUUUUUCAGCUGGUACAAAUGAAUCAAAUCCCUUUUAACCUGCGCCCAACCCAUCGGGCUUUACAUGUGGAGUCUUUUUCAUUGAAUAAGAUUCAGCAGAUAAAUCCUGGAUGGAUCGAUUUGUUCAGGUGCAGAGUAAGAGGCAUUAAAUUAAUUUGUACCAUCAGAACACAUUUGUGCACAAGUCUAGAAAUAACCACUCUUUUAAUGGAUUUGUAUCUUCUGUGAGUACCGCUGUCACACGCAUCACAUCUAAUAUUUGCCAGUAAAGAAUGCAGCAUAUUUUCAAAUACCUUAAAGGAACGCUCCGUGCACCAUAACUGCUUCAGCCUGCUACAGUAGUUAUGAUACCAAGAGUUCUCUGUUUCUUUUUGUAAUUAUGUCAAACCACUUUAGAAUAGUUUAACAACUAAGCUGUGCUGAGACACGCUGCUUGGCAAUGCACGUCAGCUGAGCACUCUAAGCCAAUGAGCAUAGUCCUGGAUCAGCCAGGACCUACCGGAAAAAAAACAAAUGAGGUGUGGGCAAAACGGUUUGACAAAUCACACUGGGACAGCACCAGGGCAUGUGUAUAGUGCAACAACGUGGUCUCAAAAGCUUUGUCUAGCAAAAGGAGAUGUAAUAAUAUGUGAAAAUAGAAAAUAAUUCUAGAAUUUAAUGCAAUUCACUGCUUCAUUUACAAGAUGCAUGCCAUGGUGCAUAAACAUACCAGAAAAACUCAAAAUAUAUUGUACGUUGCAUUUUGUUUAUAUGAGAGGAGAAAUAUUUCUCAAAAUCAUGUUUGUAAACCUAAUAAUUAUGUUGCAUUUGGAUCUGAGAAGUUUAAUUAACUAUGAUUUAGUAAAAACAUGUUUUCAUUAUCUGAAUGCUUCUGGUUGACAUAACUCCACUUCAGUUCUAUCUCAAUAUGUUUGACCACUUAAUUCAAAGCAAUGUAAUGCAUACCCAGCUAUUUUAAGAGUGGCAUACAUCACAGGGUGCUUUAGCAUUGAAAAAUCCCUAGCAAUAAAGCCUAUUUAGUAUGAAUCUCUCUGCAGUAUGUUUCAGCAACAUUGCAAGUUUUUUACCAUUAUGGAUAACCUGCAACUCACCAGCCUUUAAUAAACUAAAAGGCCCACAAUCAGCUGGUGAAGAAUCAUGUGAUUUAUAGUUAAUACACAGCAAGAAAACCAUGUAUUGCCUACGCCUGAUGGUAGCUAUCAAAAACAAAUAAUUAAAGGAACACACCGGGCACCAUAGCAUCAACUGUUGGGAUUGUUAGGAUGUCAUAAGUACCCUGCGCCUCCCAUAAGUAGUCACAGGUUUAGAACAAUUUGGCUUCUUACAUGGUGUCUGCAAAGCGAUGCUUACCACCAUCAUUCCUUCCAUAGGAGAGGCAGAAACUCCCUAGUUGGCUCAUGAGCUAAACCUUGUGUGUAGCUCAUUGUCAGAGCGUCAGGUAGAGUUUUUUUGCUCUCUGAUGGAAGUAGUGAAGGCAGGAUGUGGUUCCUGGCAGACUCCAGGUAAGAACCUUCUAAAAUGGUUUAAUUACUUACAAUGGAAAGUGCAAGACUAUUCCUGGCACCAUACAACACACUGUAGUAGUGUCCUUCUAAAGGCAAACACUGCAUCUCAUUGACCUAGUUAUACUGCCUGGAGUACUAUCCUUCUGUUCAGUGUUAAUGCUAAACAAGAAUUCAAAGCACUCUCAUGAGCAGUAGUGGACAGCAGUGAUUGGCUGAGAGUGUCAGACAGCCCUAGCUGGUAUGACUUGGCAUAGAUAAGGAAGAGUGUCUUAAUCAUACCUCCAGUGGAGGCUGGGUUGUGGGUGGCCAGGGACACUCGUUCAUUGAUGACCCUUAAAUUGAGGGACAGUGCCAGGGGACUCCAGGCACUAUAACCAGUUCAAUGAGAUAAUGGUUUGUGUUGGCAAAACAUAAAUGUCCCAGUCUGUAACAUAUACUUUAAUCUGAGUCUACAAUGUCUUUAUCUGAUUUUCAAAGAUUAGGUAUGUUUCUGUCAAGUAAGUUUGGUUUCAGGUUAUUUGUGUUUUUAGGAGUAUAAAAUUCUCUCAUAAUUGCUAUCAUUAAAAAUAGAUAUGUCAUAAUAAAAAUCCAGCUGCCAAGCACUUGAAAUAUAAACGGUAAAUGCAUCUUAUUUUGCUUUGCCAUCUGUCUUUUUAUUUUAAAAGUGUUCAAAAAAAAAAAAAUUAGGUCAAUACUGUAUGCUGUUACUACAUGGAAUUAUUAAAUUCAAUGUCUUUUGCCCUAUACAUAAAGAAAUAAAAUCUCCAAGGAAACAUUUGUACAUGUUACAUUAUAAUAGGUCAUAUUGGAAUACAUAUAUUUACAUGUCGGUUUUCUGAUAUACUAUAUAAAUAAAUGUAAUUUCAUUUGAA